GGAGUGAGUCAUUAGCUGUUGACAUCAGAGCGCGCUUAACUGAAACCCCACCUCACUUUCGUUUCAAAGUCAUGGGCUGUGCGUAAAAGCUCGCCUUCACUAUAAGUAUGGAUCCUAAUUCUUCUCUACCAUGAAAUUUCCCACAUAUCUACUUCUUCAACCAGCGCAGAAUUAACCCAGGGGUGGACAAUAACGUAACUUUCAUGGCGUCACAGAACAUCAGUUGCCGCGAGCAGAUCAGCGUCUCUGGAGGAUCUCCCACGAUACCCGCGAUCAUGUUUUUCACCGGUGUCCUUGGGAAUGUGGUCGCCUUAAUCCUCUUGGAAAUACGGCGGAGGAAACAACCAGCAUCUCUAUUCCACGUCCUGGUCGCAUCUCUAGUCAUCACGGAUCUGGUGGGAACUUUCUCCGUCAGUCCUCUAGUUUUGACUGCGUACUUCAGUAACACGUCUAUGCUCGGGAUGAAUGAAAACCGGGUGGUCUGCGGACACUUUGGAUACGCGAUGACAUUUUUCAGCGUGGUGACCCUCGCCAUUCUUCUGUCCAUGGCCGUGGAGCGCUGGCUCUCCAUCGGCCAUCCUUUCUUUUACGAGAAGUUCUUGAGUAAACGCUGCGGGUACAUCACCAUCGCGCUCAUUUACCUGCUGUGCGCGCUCUUCUGCGCCUCACCUUUCCUCGGGUUUGGGAAGUAUGUCCAGUACUGUCCGGGAACGUGGUGCUUCGUUGAUAUGGACCCGUCUGUGAGCGAACACAAGGCGUUUAAUAUCGUCUACGCCUCUUGUUUGCUGCUCAUGAUAGUGUGUACUGUUUUGUGCAACGCGUCCGUCAUUUAUCACCUUUCGCUCAUGUACCGGAGGCUCAAGGCGCACCGGAGCUCAGUCCGGCGGCAGCGCGGACACAAGAGACACCGCUCCAUCACCAAGGAAGUUGAACAUCUGGUGCUGCUAGGGUUCAUGACAAUAGCAUUCGUCAUUUGCUCUCUUCCUCUUGUGAUUCAAGUUUACCACAACACGCUCUACCACCGAGAGGGUCACAGAAACACUGCCAUCCCCCUUCUCUUCCUCUCAGCUAACCCCAUCAUUGACCCCUGGGUGUUCAUCAUCCUCAGCCCCCCGGUGCCCCGUCUGCUCUGGGACAAGAUCUGUAAAGCUGCAAAAUCCAAACCCAUCAGGGAGAAGGUGCAAAGCAUUCACCCCGUCCUGUACCAUUCAAGUCCACCUGCAGACUGAGGAGACCAAGGAGGAUUUGAUAGAUAUUUGCAGAGCAAUUCCAGGAAGCAGCGGCUUCUGAUCUCCAAAAGCUCUCUGUGUUUGUGGGAGAGAUUAUAGAGUGAUUGCCCACUCCUGUAAUGAAAUAGAAGAUGCUGAAAGUCCAGGUCACUGAAAGCCUGAAGAGAUGAGUCUAAACCUGUGGAUGAAAGAGCUGGGUGGUGUGUGUGUGUGUGUGUAUACAGAUAAAGUCAAAAUGAUUAGCUCUUCUGUGAUUUUUUUCCAAAUAUUUCCCAAAUGAUGUUUAACAGGGCAAGGAAAUUUUCACAGUAUGUCUGAUAAUAUUUUUUCUUCUGGAGAAAGUCUUAUUUGUUUUAUUUCGGCUAGAAUAAAAGCAGUUUUUAUUAUUUUUAAACCAUUUUAAGGUCAAUAUUAUUAGCGCCCUAAGCAAUGUUUCAUUUCUGAUUGUCUACAGAACAAACCAUUGUUAUACAAUGACUUGCCUAAUUACCCUAACUUGCCCAAUUAACCUAAUUAAGCCUUUAAAUUGCACUUUAAGCUGAAUAAUAGUAUCUUGAAUAAUCACUAGAAAAAUAUUUUGUUCUGUCACCAUGUCAAAGACAUACUAAUAAGUUAGUUAUUAGAAAUAAGUUAUUAAAACUAUCAUAUUUAAAGAUGCAUUAACAAAUCCAACACAGACUCAUUCUGAAAACGUAGUCCCAUGGGCGUUUCUGGAGACCGAGAAUUAUGUAGCCGGAGGUGCGUAUGGCUGCAUUUCAUUUUUUAAACGAACGAGGGCUUACCAGCUGACCGCUUACCUCCGUAUGGAGGGCUUUCCUGCUACAACCAGUUUGUCCAGUUAGCUCGUCAUGUAGGUCAGCGGAUUUGAGAUGCAAAGAGGAGUUGACCAUGACGAUGGGGUUCAAGUCGGAAGAGUGGUUACAGAAAUCAGGUAAAACAAAAACAGAAUCCAAAAAAUAAAAUGAACAAGUGAAAAACAGGGUGAGAAUGUGGAAAAAUCCAAAAACGUGGUAAAAAUCAGAUGAGAGCUUUUCUUUUUCUGGGGUGCAUUUCCCAAAUAACGACGUAACUCGCAGCUGAGCUAUCACAGUACGAUGAAUCGUUUGGGAAAAGAACGAUGUAGUAAUGAGUGUUUCCAAACAUCCGUAGUUUCUCUGUCGCAGAUCCAUAAUGCCCAUAAUGAUGCUCUAAACGGGGUGGAGUAACAACGUCUCUAGAGAAGAACCCCAUAAUUUCUUUGUGCAAAUUCUAUUGUUUUACACAAACAUGCAUUUAAAAUAAAAUCCAAUAUUAGUUUUGCUAAAACAUACCCACGCUUUCCAUAUUAAUUAAAAUAUAUGUAAAUGGAAAAUAUAGAGCCUGUGUUUCCUUUACAAAUAUUAUUGAGAAUAUUACAUAUUCUAUUUUAAAACAUAAAAUCACUUACAAAAGCUAACACAUAUUCUAAUGUCAUAUAUAAAUCAUAUAAAUAAAUAAAUAAUGAGGCGAUUUAUUAAGAAAUGAAAUGUACUGUUUAUUAUUUAUUAGCAAAUGAAAAAAAAUCCUACUUUAAUAAUAAUAUUGAUAAUAUUAAGGAUUAUGAUUAUUAUUAUUAAGUAGGAUAUUGUUUAUUUAUUUUUUUGAAAAGUCAAUUUGACACAUGCAAGCCACUGCAGAAAUGUUCUAACCAACAGCCCCAUGUCAUAUAAAGUACAGAUAAUAAAUAACCUACUAUAUAUUAAAAGCAUUAACGUGUGAUAUGUUUUUUUGUUUUCAGAAGCUUUGGAGACGUAACGUAAAUUCCGCUUUUAAAUAAUAGAUCACCUAUAGCUUUCGUCAUGAGGCUGAGCUCAAAAUGGCAUCAAUGUUUUUAAAGUGCACUGGGAAGGGAGCGCAAUUGUAAACAUGUAGAUGAAGAAAACAUCUAGAACACAGCCAGGAACUUUGUUUCUAACUACAGCUCCAGAGGUGUAGUUGCAAGUGCACAAGUUUGCGACGCAGGUUGCGAACGUUCGUUUGAACGAUGAAUUUGGGAAACGUAAAAUCAAUGAACUAUGUUUGUAACGGCGGAACUUGGGAAACACACCCCUGGACGGCUUUUGUAAAUCGUUGGUUGGGUUUAGGGAAGUGGGUGUUUGGGUCAAUCGAUAAAAUUGGUUGUGUUUAGGGAAGGAGGAGGGUGGGUCAGUCGAUUGGUCAGUCGGCCAGUCAGUCAGUUAGACAGACAGUGAGUCGACAGCGGCCUCUGGUGGGUUCACGCGAGAACAUUGGGUGUGAACGGCACUCACGAGAGAAAUUUGAGAUAUGAAAAAACGCACACAGCGGCCUCUCGCGGAUUUGCUAAAACAAAAACUGCAAAAAUAUGUACCAGGACGUAUUCCGCGGUCUUCAGAAACAUCCAUAGGACUACGUUUUCAGAAUGAGCCUGGGUUGCACAAAUGUCCUUUAAACAGCUCUUGGAAAUAUUUGCAAAGAGAGCAGUGGGCUAAUAAUUUUGAUUUGAACUAUCUAUAUAUUUAUGCGCAGAGUAAACUUAUUUAUUAUUUUUUAUUUAUGGAAAGUAAAACAUUUAUGAAGACCGGAAAAUACAUGUUUAUUUAUCCAUUAGAAACACAGUGGUAAAUAUAAAUAAACAUUUACUGGCUGACAUAAGGAGCCCGACUUCCUGUUUAAACUAUGAGGAAUGUGGUUCUCUCUCUCUCUCUUCUGUGUGUGUGACUUCAUGCUUCAUCGGUUUUGUUUUCUGUUCCGUUGCAAAUAUGCACAGGACUAGAUCAUGUCUUAGCAAGUCGGUUAAUUGUGAAAGAGACGUUCAGCUUGGAUAAAACUAUGCAAGUCUCAUGACUGAUGAUGGUUUGGGGGGAGCUGAAGCAGACUAAACUGUGAGAAUAAAUGUUUAUAAACAUUGGAAAUAAGGAAUUGUUUUCGUGGUUUUUCUUUUAAA